AUGGAGGCGUCGCAGGACUUCAAAUCGCUGCAGGACAAGAUCCAAGCGGCACUGGUGUCCACCACCCGCCGCGUCAACGCCAUCGCCAGUCAGGACCUUGGCUUCCGUCGCAACGUCGAUCCCGACUCGGCCGAGCAGCUCGACGAACAGCGCACAAAAAUCCUUGAACUCGCCAGCGCCCUGGUACAGACGGCAGCGUCGAGCGCGGGCGGUGCCAGGGCAAAGGCCAAGGCUAAGCCCAUCACGCUCGAGGACGCCGAGGACGUCGACGACAACUGGCAGACCAUUGUGGAUGCGCUCGAUACUGCCCUGGAGAAGGCCGACACCUGCAUUGACGACUACACUGGACUUGUCAAGAGGAAGGAUGCGCCGACCGCAGAAAUGGGACCAAACGCAAAGAAGUCGAAGCCAGGACAGCUUGAUAGAUCCCUCCGAUAUGCCAAUAUCAUCAAGCCUCAGAAGGCUUUCGACACGGCUCCAGACAACUUCGGCAAGGGACCAUGGAAGCCAAUCCUGUCUACGAAGCCACACGCCACCGUUCCAUUGGAGCAGAGCCUGUCAACAUUCCAGGAUGACGACGGCGAGACACAAUAUAAACAUCCCUAUGAGACAGAGAUUCUGCACAUGAAAUACCCAGAAAGCACCUACCAGACUAGAGAGCCCAUUCCCUACACACCCGUCACCAAGUCGAAGCCCAUCUACGUCGACACCUACGAGGGCGUCCUUGAGAUGCUAGAGGACCUCAAGCGGGCGACCGAAAUCGCCGUAGAUCUCGAGCAUCACGACUUCAGGACGUACUCUGGGCUUUUGUCGCUGAUGCAAGUCAGCACCCGAGACAAGGACUGGGUCGUCGACACACUCAAGCCCUGGCGCCGCCGACUCGAGGUUCUCAACCAAGUGUUUGCGGACCCGAAGAUAUUGAAGGUCUUCCACGGUGCAUUCAUGGACAUCAUAUGGCUGCAGAGGGACCUUGGGCUCUACGUCGUCGGUCUCUUUGACACAUUUCACGCGGCAGAGGCCUUGCUCUACCCUAGUAAGAGUCUAGCUUACCUCCUGAAGAAGUUUGCCGACUUUGAAGCGGACAAGCGUUUCCAGAUGGCCGACUGGCGGAUCCGGCCGCUCUCCAAGGAGAUGCUCUACUACGCCCGCUCAGACACGCACUAUCUUUUGUACGUCUACGACAUGAUGCGCAACGAGCUUGUCAAGCAGUCCAGGAGGGGAGAUCCGGACGGGGAUCUUGUGGAAAAGGCACUGCAAAAAUCCAAGGAGACGUCUCUUCAGAGGCACGAGCCGUAUACUAGUGACCCCGUGACUGGCAAGGGCACGCGGGGCUGGUUCAACGGAAUCUCCAGAAUUCCCAGCAACUUCACCAGCGAACAAUUUGCAGUAUUCCGAGAACUUCACAGGUGGCGAGACGAGACUGCUCGACGAGAGGACGAGAGUCCAAUGUACAUCAUGUCACAGCAGGUUCUCGUCGAGGCUUCGAGGGCUAUGCCUUCGUCCCCCAAUGAGCUGCGGAAGCUCUUCUUCCAUCCGAGCAAUCCGCUCAAGGACGGUGUGAACCAGCUGGUGAGGCUGAUCAAGAGAGCGAGGGAGAAGGGGGCGGAGGGCCCGACUCUCAUGGACGUCCUCAAGGCAGACCGCGUCGACAACAUAAUCGGUGGCUUGAACCUCGGUGCCGUCUCGCGGGCGAAUGCGAAUCCAGCACAGGCUGAUGAUAGGGAUAUCCCUGAAGCCUCGGCUCUGAGAGGAAAGCGAUCACAACUUUGGGGGAGCGUGCCGCUCAGUACAUUAUGGGAGAAGGUGGCCGACAAGAUGGCCACCACGGACGAACCCAUAGCCGUGCCAUGGAGCACGUUCGUUGCCAAGGCUCAAGUCUCGACCGAUGGCGAACUUGGCCCUGCUGAUCAGCAAACGGAUGAAGGCAACAUGGAAGUUGACGAGGACAGCGGCGGCGUUUCUGUGGUAGAGAAGUCGGAGGAGACGCCCAACAUUCCAAUGGAUCAGGAGUUCACCUUGCGAGCCGGACGGCCGCCAGCGACGGCGGGAGAAGCCGCUGAUUCUUCAGACACAUCAGAUUCCUCCUCGGAUGAGGAAGAUGAGGGGGAGGAGGAGCGCCGGAAGGCUGGAAAGCAGCGCCGGAAGGAGGAGAGGCGACUGGCAAAGCUCAAGCGCAAGGAAGAGAGGGCGAUCGAGAAGGCAGCCAUGAAAGCGGAGAAGAAAGCGCUGAAGCAGGCCAAGAAGGCAGCCGAGGCAGCAGCGAAGCUCGAGUCCGGCGAGGCCCAAGACGGUGAGGUCAGCGACGAAGCAGCAGACGGCGGCGAACAGCCCUUUGACUACAGCAAGGCGCAGUCAGUCAUGAAGAGCAAGCGGGCCAAGGACGGCGGCAACGGCGGAGCCAAGGUGUUUGACCCGUAUGUGGCCAAGACAACGGCACAGGGCCCAAAGGCGGCCAGGCGGAUGAACCACGAGAGGGCGGGCAAGACGGCGACGUUCAAAAAGUGA